AUGUUGGGGGAACUUCCCCCUGUCGUGGCGUUGCCGUCAAAUCCAGCAGCGGUCCUAGCGCCCGUUCCUUUAUUCCUUCGCUGCAGAGGCCUCUACAGUGCGAGGACUGCAAGCCACGGCAGCGAGUGCGUGUCGCGGAAGCACGUCGUUAGUGGCCAAGCGGUAGGAGCUCCAGUAGUGCCGUCUCGGGCAGACACCACACAGCCGCAGUCGUCUCGCGUGGUGAGCGAUGAAGUCGCACUACCCUCAGCCACCCCGAGGAACAACAAUCAAGGGAACAAAAGCACAGGCAGUGAUAUUAGCAGCAGCAGCAAAAUCGGGGAAGCAGCUGCUGCACUAAAUGGUCACAACUUGGCUGCGCUGACAGAAAAUGAUGUGGAUGUCCUUCUCGAAGUACUGGAGUCUCGCUACGAUAAAUACUCAGCAGUGAAGAAGCGGACGACGGAGCAGUACCUGGCUCGCAUAGAGAAUGAGGUUGAUCGCUUUUUGUUGAUUUACUACGGCGGAAGCUCCUCUCGGUUUAGUGGUGGCGUUGCGUCUUUCAUAAGGAGCAAGCUAAUGCCACAGUUUCCGUCGCAGCAGCGCGACACUGGCGGUAAGGGCCACUGUAGGAAUGGAACCGGUGAGACUCCUGGAAACAGCGUCAAUGGCACAAACAUCAGCAGUAGCAACCAAAGUGGUGGACUGCCGACGUUGCAGGAGUCCUCUUACUCGGCUAAUGUCAUUCCAUUCAACUACUUGGAUGUUCGACCAGCAAACAUGCAGUCCAUCGCCGGUAAUCUCGUGGUGCUUCGACACUGCUUGGAGGAGUGCUCCUCGCCUGGAAGUGCCGUGCGACAGUCGUUGGUUGACCCUAUUGUCCGCGGUGUCUGGGACCAAUCACUGACACCUCUAGAGAAUAGUGCUAAAGAGCUCUUGAAAGUUGCACAGCAAAACGUACGCCCCCCACUGGAGUACUUACUUCAACAGCAACAGUGUAAUGCUGAGCGAAAACGCGAGUGGAGAGCAAGGUACGACCGCGUCGUGAAGGCGUUACAGGACGACUUGAAUUAUCUCCGCACUAUUUAUGAGAUGGACCGAGAGAGGGUAAGUGUGCCGGCGCAGGCGAGGCGAGAUGUAACAGUGGGACUGUCAGACUACGUCCCUAUCAGUGGACUGACCCUCUCUCGUUUGCACCGGCUGGAAAACGAACAUCGAACCGUUUGGGACUUUUGGCGGACGCGGAGAGGGAACUUUUAA